AUGUGUGGCGAUUGGGUUGUUUGUGAUCACUGUGAGUUUUUAUGUCUUGCACAUUAUAAUACAAUUCAUAUUGGAACAACCUACUUCUUCUGUAGCCAAAAAUGUUUAAAUUCAUUUCAACUGGAAAAAAAACAAAAAAUCAAGCCUAAAUCUAAAAACGGAAAAAAAUCUUCAGCUUCACAAAUAUCUAUUCGGCAGUCUGGACAUAAAGAAGAUAACAAUAUUGAUAGUGAUGGAAUACAUAAUUCUCAACAAAAAAAUUUGGAAGUGAAACAAAAUGUUGGUAGAAAAACAAGUCUCAAAAAUUCGGUAUCUAAAGUUAAUAAAGAAGUACAAACAGAUCGAACUGGUAGUAAACCAGUGAUGAUACCAAUUACAAUGCCUACGCAUAAGUAUGUAACACCAUAUCCAGUACCAGUGCCAUUCCCAAUACCUUUACCGAUUCCAAUUGUUAUUCCUCCAACUAAAAAUACUACUAAAGCAAUUUUGAAGGAUAUAAAGAAAAUGAAAGAAGAAACGCCAGAUGAUCCAUGGAUCCAAGAGGCUGAUGAGAUACCCACCAUUACAUCUCAUGAUCAAAGAAAUCAAAUUAUUGAUGAUGUUGAAGCAAACUUAGUUUCUUCUACAAUUAUGCCUCAAGCUCCUGAUGCAACGGAGAAUAUAAUCCAAAAAAAUAUGAUAUCUUUCCCUCAAGAUAUGUUAUGUCGACUUCCAAGAAAACGUGCAUCUUGUUCACAGUCUCAGCAUAACUUAAAUUCAAAAUGCUCUCGUAAAACUGAUUAUCCUCAGGCACAAUACAUCCCAGCAGGAUUAAUACAACAAGUUGUACAAAAUCCUCUAUACACCAUUCCGAUGUCUGUAGUUAAACCUGAUGCAAAUAUGUGUCUCAAGUAUAAAUUAGGAGUUAAUGCCUGGAGGCAGUGGGCUUACACGAAAAGUAUAGAAUUCGAGAAAAAAUUAUCUAGUUAUGUGUGGGGCUUGAAAAAUACAAAUAUAUUUAAGUUGGACCUUCUGCAGUUAACAGCUAAUGAAUUAAAUUAUUGUUUGUGCUUGUUUGUGAAAGAGGUCCGCAAACCAAAUGGAAGUGAAUAUGAGCCAGACACAAUUUAUUAUCUGUGUUUAGGUAUUCAGCAAUAUUUAUUCGAAAACGGACGAAUAGAUAAUAUAUUUACUGACAUGCCUUUUGAAAAAUUUACCGAUACUUUAAAUGAAGUAGCUAAAAGGUUCACUCAGCUCUAUAAUGAUACAAAGUAUAUACGAGUUAAAGAAGAGUAUCUUUGGGAAAGUAAACAGCUCGGGGCACAUUCCCCUUACGUAUUGUUAUGCACAUUGAUAUUUUUCAACACCAAAUAUUUUAAUUUGACCAGUAUUGAAGAACAUAUUAUGCAACUAUCAUUUUCGCAUAUUAUAAAGUAUUGGAAAAUAAAUCCUAACCAGCCAUCAACAUCUGGGGUUAUUCCACCAGGAACCUACAGAAACUUAUUACUGCGUUAUUAUCCUUCCAUUGACUUACCAAAUUCUCGAAAGAAAAAAGUGUACGAGCAGCAUGAGAAUGAAGAAAAUUCACUGAGAUGUCCUGUAAAGCUAUAUGAAUUCUACUUAUCAAAAUGCCCAGAAAGUGUUAGAACACGACAUAAUUUAUUUUACCUCACUCCUGAAAGAUCUUAUGCACCCGAUAGCCCUGUAUGGUAUUCAACAUGUGCAUUAAAUAAAGAAUCGCUUGAAAAAAUUCUCAAUCGAGUUAAAAUGGUAAAAGAAAUCAAUGAAGCUUUGUUAUCAUCAUAGUUGAGUUAAGUUUAUAAAUUAUUGUUGAUGAAAUGUUUUAAGUCUUGUACGACUUUGUAAAACAUUUUUUUAAUGUCAUGUUAAACUUUUUUGAGUCUUAGUACACAUAAUUUGUAAUUGUUAAAUAUUUAUAAUUAGUUGUAACAAAGACAAAUUUUAUUUUUUAAGUGUUACUUUUGUAAUGUUAUUGACGUUUUGUAUGUAAAAUUGUAUUUUAUUUUUCUUGUUAUGCAACAGAAACAUUCUAAUGUUCAUUGUACCAACACAUUUGAAUUAUCCAACAACUUACAAUAAUGUACACUUCAAAAUGUAUUUUUUACGCAUAGGUACAGCAACAUUUUAAAUUAAUUUGUUUUAUUUAAAUACAAAGCGAGAUU